ACUAGAACUAACGAAGAACAAAAAGGGAAAGAGAAAAUAAGGUGUCAUUUUUGUUCCAUUUGGUUCGAGUUCACUAUAAUCCCAUGUUUCUUGCCUCAAUUAAUAAAACCCUAAACCCACCCUCCGUCCAACGGAUUGAAGCUUAAUUUUCCGGUGAAGUACACGGCGGAGAUGGAUUUGGAUUUCGACGGUCCAAGUAAAGUUCCGACUAGGCAAUCCCGUUUUGCUCCUAAAAGCUCUAAAUUGAAGCCCCAACCAGAAACCAAACCGAAAAUUGAAACACUGCCACAGUCUGAUUCAGCCAUUUCGACUAAAAAGGAAGAGUUGACUGUUCAUUUAGCCGAAAACGGAGCGGUUACAGGUAAUGACGACGUUCCAUUGGAGGGAGAGACUACAGGAAACGACCUGGGAGAAGAUGAAGAACAAGCCACUGACAGCGUUCAUGAUGAAGUUGUUCGUGAAAUUGAUGUGUGUAUUAACCCUUCCUUUGAUCCCAGCACUCAGUUAUAUGUGUUUCAAUAUCCAUUGAGGGCCGUAUGGCGUCCGUAUGAAUUGGAGGAAAGAUGUCAAGAGGUGAGGUUGAGACCUUCAACUGCAGAAAUGGAGGUUGAUUUGGCAAUAGAUUUGGAUUCUAAAAAUUUUGACAGAGACUCUGUCCAUGCUGCAACAAUAAAAAAGCAGAUGCUUUCUACAUCAUGGAUGCCAUUACCAACUUGCGCCUCUGGAUAUGCUGUUGGGGUCCUCAUUGGCGAUAAGUUACACCUCAAUCCUGUUCAUGCAGUUGUACAACUCCGGCCAUCAAAGCGGAAUCUUAAGGAAAGUGAGUUGAAGAAGAACGUUACCACCAACAAUGAUGAAAAAAGUGUUGAAAAUGAAGACGUCAAGGAGAAAAGGCCCAUGGGACCAUCAAAGAAGCAGAACAAACCACCUGGGAUAGAAAAGGAUAUUGGAGAGCAUUGGUUACAUCUAAAAUACCAUGGGGCUAGGAGUGACAUUUCAGCCAGAUAUCUGCAGAAAAUGGCCAUGGAGGAAGGCUCUCCAGUACCAUUUUCAAUGAGUCCGGUUGAUUAUCUGAAUGCCUUUUGUCCUGGAAGACCAACUGACACUGACAGAUUAAAAAUUCUUCGAACAAGGUUGUCUCAAUUACCACUUGAAGAACGUGUUAGAACUUGGCUUCUUGAGGGGCCUCCAAUUCAUCGUUUUGAUGCUUUAAAGCACCUAGCGCCAGAUAAUUCUGCUGAUGAGAUUAUAAGAGUCCUCCAAAUAUAUGCACAAUUAGUUCAAGGAUUGUGGGUUCCAAAAAGUUCAUUAGUCUAUGGAACGAAUAGUGGAGUUGAAGUUUUAGCGAGGAAUUUCGUUCUGUACGAGUUUACCAAGGGUAUCUUAAUUAAAAAGUCAGUUUUUGGCAGGAGGCCUGAAUUCCUUAAAGCUGCGACACCAGCACUAAAAUCAUUAGCUGUCGAGAGGCCUGACCUGAAUGAUUGGAAGCUCAAAGAGCAUCCUGACAAGAAAUUUGAAAACCUUUAUGGUGAUGUUGUGAGAGAGCAGCAAGCUACCUGGGAGUGCUUGGGGAAACAGAUCAAUGAUGUUUUGCCUGGAGGAAGAAACAGGCCUACUAUGAAGAAUCCUUUAAACCCUAAUGCCGACAUUCCUGCAUUGCCAAGUGGUGAUAAGCCCACUUCUAGCUCACUUUUGAGAACAUCUAUGUCCGAAGAAAUUCGAGAAGCUUUGCCAAAGGCGCUUCAAGAAGUUUUUAGAACUUAUAAGGUUUGCAGUUUCCAACAAAUCCGCCAAGGUCUGCGAAAACUUGGAGUUUCUAAGUCAUAUCCUCCAAAGGGAGCUCCAAGGAAAGCUAUAACUGCAUCCAUUGAUGUUUUUGAUGCACCUCAAGAGGAGAUACAGGGGGUUGCUGUAAACAUCCAUGGUGUCUAUGUUUUGAAGUCGUCGCCAGAUAAUCCACAGUAUGACACAUUGAGGAAAGUUGUAAUUGAUCUUUUUAUGGCUGAAGGACCGAGUGCCAAGCUAAAGAAAGCAUCUGUAACUGAAGCUGCCAAGUUACAACUGAAUAGGGAUAUUACCAAUGUUGAGUUUCUAAAGGUUAUGAAGGAACUAUGUCAUUCAGAAAAAUCAGCAUGGGUUUUGAGAAGUGGCGACGGCAAGCCAGAAUAAUCUGCUACCUUUAAAUCAUGUUGUACAGGUCAGGGAAAGUAGGUACAUGUUAGUUGCGGAAAUUCUCGAUAACGAGCAGGAAGAAAGCUUUGCUUGAGAUUUCCCUUUACUCACAAUUGUUUAGUUUUUGGGUUGUACAAUGUCUCAAGUAUACGGUUGAGCUGUUGGUAGGAAACGUUUUGCAUUUGCAAAUCUAGUAAAAAAUUUAGGAGAUAUUACUUUAUCAGAAGAUAUUGUGGAUAUAUACUUCUUUCCUUUAGUCCCUCAAAGGGUUCUAAGUUGGUUCUAGUUUUAUGAUGGCCAAUGAUACAU